GGGGGGGAAGGGGGCAGCUGCCAGUGGACAUGGCGGCGGGCCGCAGCAGGGCUGUGUUUGCCGUUUUUGGAGUGCUUAGUGUUUGUGCCGUCAGCGGCUCUGGGCCCGUGGCUGAGGGGGACACCGGCGGGGAGGCGGAAUGGACGGAGCCUUGGGAUGGUGCGGUUUUCCGGCCGCCCUCAGCGCUGGGCGCGGUGGGGGUGGCGCGCAGUCCGGGGACCCCGCGGCCAGGGAGGGAGGAGGCGGUGGACUUGCCGGUGCUGUUGUGGUGGAGCCCAGGGCUAUUUCCCCACUUCCCGGGCGACUCGGAGCGCAUCGAGUGCGCGCGCGGUGCGUGCGUGGCGUCCCGGGACCGACGGGUGCGGGGGCACUCACGGACGCGCGCGCUGCUCUUCUACGGCACUGACUUUCGCGCGUCUGAGGCGCCGCUGCCGCGCCUGGCACAUCAGAGCUGGGCGCUCCUGCACGAGGAAUCGCCCCUCAACAACUUCGUGCUGAGCCACGGUCCGGGCAUCCGCCUCUUCAAUCUCACUGCCACCUUCAGCCGUCAUUCUGACUACCCGCUGCCGCUGCAGUGGCUGCCCGGGACCGCCUACCUGCGCCGCGCCGCGCCUCCGCUACAGGAGCGCGCGGAGUGGCGCCGGCGCGGCUACGCGCCGCUGCUCUAUCUGCAGUCCCACUGCGACGUGCCUGCGGACCGGGACCGCUACGUGCGCGAGCUGAUGCGCUUCAUCCCGGUGGACUCCUAUGGGAAAUGCCUGCAAAAUCGGGAGCUGCCCACUCCGCGGUUACAGGACACAGCCACAGCUACCACCGAGGAUCCAGAGCUCUUGGCCUUCUUGUCUCGCUAUAAGUUCCACUUGGCCCUCGAAAAUGCCAUCUGUGAUGACUACAUGACAGAAAAACUGUGGCGCCCCAUGCAUCUCGGGGCUGUGCCUGUGUAUCGCGGCUCUCCCUCUGUGAGGGACUGGAUGCCCAACAAUCACUCCAUCAUCCUCAUUGAUGACUUUGAGUCACCUCAGAAGCUGGCAGAAUUUAUUGACUUUCUGGACAAGAAUGAUGAGGAAUACAUGAAAUACUUGGCAUAUAAGCAACCUGGGGGCAUCACCAACCAGUUCCUUCUGGAUAGUCUGAAGCAUCGGGAGUGGGGAGUGAAUGAUCCUUUGCUGCCUAACUACCUCAAUGGUUUCGAGUGUUUCGUCUGUGACCAUGAACUGGCUCGGCUGGAGGCCGAGAAAGCCCACGCAGCCUCUCCUGGGGACAUCCCUGGCCCUGAACCUCACAUUGCCCAGCCCUCACACAUGGACUGCCCGGUGCCCACACCUGGCUUUGGCAGUGUGGAAGAGAUUCCUGAGAAUGACAGCUGGAAGGAGAUGUGGCUGCAAGAUUAUUGGCAAGGUCUGGACCAGGGGGAAGCUCUCACUGCCAUGAUCCACAACAAUGAGACAAAGCAGAUGAAAUUUUGGGAUUACCUACAUGAGAUCUUCAUGAAAAGGAACCAAAAUCUCUAAUUACCCUUGCAAGAGCCUUUAACUUAGCAGAGCUAAGGAGAUGGAAGUCCUUAUUCUACUAUGGGACAUGAGGGGCAUCUGCUGCACAACCUUAAUGAACAUUGUCUUAUCAUGAGUUCAAGGAAUUCCAGUUACAGCCAUUGAUAUUUUAUCUUAACGAUGUGUAUCCAGUGUCUCAGCUUGUGGUAAUAGGGCCUGUCCUCAAGGAGAGAUGGAAGCCUCCAGUUCUUGGGAUUAGUGGGAAGCAAAAGCCUGAAACACCCACUUGUUUCAAAGUGCUGAUUGAACAGAAUUGUAAAAGAUCUGCAUCUUUCUCUAGCCAUUUCAUCCUCUCAACUGUGAUUGGAACAACACCUUGGUACUUGUCUAAGAAUGAGGUAAGAUGGGUCAGGUUUAUGGUCUUAAAACUUCGAUGCUAUUCCUUAAAUUCUUCAUUAUUCAGUACCUUUCCUAAUCUCUUUUCCUCGUCUCCUGCUUUAUAAACUGUUAUGUUGGUGGUGAAGCACAACUCCUGGUGGGUUGUAUUCUGGUUCUUGGAGUUGUAUUUUUUAUAUCAUUUACUUGCCUUUGAUGUCAGACUUUUUAUUUUAAAUGGAUUUUUCUUUCCUGGUUGUCCACUGUAUCUGAUGAAGAUGCAGUAGCCUUGCCACCAUCCCCACAUUCAUUCUCCCCUGCAUUAAACUGGCUGUAGAUUUGACAGCUUUUUUUAUUGCUGGUUUGCUUUUU